CUGCGAACUCCAAACCCGUUCCCUGAGCGCUCCUUCGGUCUCUACGAGCUGCGCGCGCUCACUGAUCCACGGUAUUCACCGCCUCGUGGCGAGGACGUGCCCCUGGGCCCCGUCAUCUCCAACCCUUUGGACGAAGCUCAGUCCGAGCAUGUUGCGGCGCAGAUGGAUCCCAUGCGCUCCCAGCGCCCUGAGCUGCGGCCUCUGCUGAACCCCAGCGCUGCUGAUUACGGCGUCCGGCCUCGCGACCCCGCUGAGGCGUGUUGCCUGGCGUUCCAGCAGUUCCUCGCGCUCCACGCCAUUGGGCCCGCGGUCCAAGUCCGUGCCCGCCAUGCGGACGUACCCGGUGGUACUUGGCCCGGGGGAAUAUACGACGCUCAGUUCGAGUCCUGGGCCGAGCACAGCCGGAAGCUCAGCUCCAUGGAAGCUCUCAGAGUCAGCUUCAGCGAAGUGGAUGUUCGCAUUGAACGCAAGCUCCGCGUCGACUUUGCGAAGGUCCGAGCCAAACGCAGCGUUGUGGCAAUCGCCCAGUCGCAGACCCAGUUUAGCGCUGCGCGCUUCGCUCCUUCGAGCACUCCAGCCGCUCCUUCCCGCGAGCGAGUGAGCGCGGUAGCUCAGGGUCAGCCUCGGAGCAAUGUGGCUGACCCAGCAGCUCCCCAGCUUAUUGCCGGGAAGCGCGGGACGGCCGGCGUGCCGGCCUUGAGCCCUCGGGGCGCUGGUGAUCAAGCUGAUCAAAAGCGUCCACGACGUCUGAGCAAUCUUGGCGGAUGGGCACCUCAAACUCCCAUGAGUUCUCGGAGGGAGGGUACCCUCGCCAUUUCACCAGAUACUGGUUUUGACCCCGGCACCGCCCCUUCGCCAGGAGGCGCUCCACAUGGUAAUGCAGAUUCCCAUGCUCAUCGAGCAGAGCCGGUGGAGGACGCGUCAACCCGUCUCGCAACGUCUGACGAGUUGCACGAGACUCAGCAACAGGCUGGUCGCCUUCGGGAUCACGUCCACGACAUUGACGCGCGUCUGGCUCGUUGUGCGACUGGUCUCGACAGGCUCGCUGAGCGGGUGGAGUGGCUUGGUGUGCCUCGGGCGGUCUGGGACCGGCUUGGGACCUUGGAGGACGACUUCGCUGUGCUUCAGGGUCAGCUCGACCUUCUGGCCCGCAUGCAGGCCCCGCCUGCUGCGCUUCCUGCGCCUGUGGCUCCU